AUCUCCGUUUGGCGAAGUGAGAGAGUGAGUGAGAAUACUUCUUCCAAAUCUCACACUUCAAAAUUUCCACCAGUUCCCAGUUCGUUGGACUUCAGCACCCUUAGAUUUCGUUACGAAGGAGAAACCCCAAAGUGUAAUAAAUGGAUAUGUACAUUCGUGUUAAACGUAGUAAGACAACAUACUUCAUCCGGUGCAAGCCGUCUGAUAAAACUCUUGACAUAAAGCAGAAGUUGCAAGAACUUGUUGAUCAGCCAGCUAAUAAUCAACGGUUAAUUCUACAUGGAACAGGGGAAGUGUUAGAAGACUCUAAGACUCUGGCAGAUCAAAAGGUUGAAAAUGAUGCUGUUGUUGCACUGACCUUGAGAAAAGAUGAUAAUGAGUUUGAGGAGAUCAACAUUGUCCGGCCAAAUGAUUUCUACCAAGCACGGGAUGCGGACGGUGCCAGUUGGUAAAAAUGGCAGGCUCACAAUUACUGGUACCCUGCCCAUGGAAUCAUAUAAUAAAUAUUUUUGUAACCCUUUAAAUGAAAUUUCCAUGUUAUGUGCUAAAAGUACCGUCCCAUUAAUUUAUCAGGUUGCAUGAUGAAAUCCAUAAUGGUUCAGGAAACAUCUCCCCAAAUGAUUGAUCAAUUGUUGGGUUAAUGAUGUACUUGUUUACGUAAUACUGAAUUGAUUGCCCGCAGAGAACAUGGCACUCUCUGCGAUGAUUUUUAUCAUUUGAAUCAAAUUUGUGAUUAAGGUCUUGAUUGACUUUAUACCAAUGUAAAUGUAAUGCUAAAGGACUAAUCAUGUUAGGCUUAGGUCGUCUAGAAGACUUGAACCCUUUACAAAAUAUUAUUUAUUUGGGCAGUGAUAA